AUGCGGCCCUGGGUUCUCUACGGGAUCCUUUUGGCCUCCUUGGCCUGCCAGCUCGUCGGCCUGAUCAUGUUUGCCAAGGGCUUCUUUCCCUACAAAGCCAUAUCGACCACCUUUGCAUCAUUGGAAGACUUGCCCUUCGAGCCCUCUUCUCUGGUUGUCAACGGAGAAGACUCGCUCCAAACCACCACGGUAAAACCCCGGUUUGGCAAGAUAGUCCUCAUGCUUGUCGACGCGUUGCGAAGUGACUUCCUCUACGGCAACGAAUCCGAUUUUCGACUCAUGCAGAGUCUUAUUGACGAGCACAAGGCGAUCCCGUUCACAGCAUUGGCCUCUGCCCCAACGGUGACACUCCCUCGACUAAAAGCCUUGACUACAGGAACAGUUCCGGGAUUCCUGGAUGCCAUCUUGAACAUUGCCGAGUCGGAUCAGUCAUCAACGUUGGCAAACCAGGACAACUGGAUUGCUCAAUUGACCCGAUCUGCAUCCUUCAGGAAGAACGCCAAAAGUACGCCAGGUCAAGACGAGAAGCGCAAAAUUGGGUUUUUUGGAGACGAUACCUGGAUCAAGCUGUUCCCAGGACUUUUCUUCAGGAGUGAGGGAACCUCGUCCUUCUUUGCCAUGGAUACAGUUGAGGUCGACAACAACGUCACUCGCCACGUUGAACCCGAGCUGGAAAAGGACGACUGGGAUGGAUUGAUCUUUCACUACUUGGGGCUGGAUCACGUUGGACACUCUGGUGGACCAAAGUCAGGCCUGAUGCGACCCAAGCAGGCUGAAAUGGAUUCAGUGGCUCACACGAUUUACACCACCCUCGUCAAAAAGGAAUCCUCCAUUGAAAACCAACGGGAUGAAUUGCCAACGCUCUUUGUCCUUUGCGGCGACCACGGAAUGAACGAGGUCGGCAACCAUGGCGGUUCUUCCAGGAGCGAGAUUUCAACAUCGUUUUUGUUUAUGAGCCCGUUCUUUGAGGGCACCAAGGCCCGCCAGCAGAUCCGCAACAUGGUCGACCCUUUUCGAAACGUGGCGGAUCGGGAAGACUAUGAAUACUACAGGAGUGUGAGCCAGGUUGACCUGGUCCCAACUUUGUCUCUUCUCAUGGGACUUCCGAUUCCCAAGAACAGUGUUGGCCAGCUGAUACCUGAGCUCUUUUCAGAUCUCACAGAACUGGAAAGAUUGCGCGCGUUUCAGAUCAACGCUUACCAAGUUGCGGGAGUGCUCAGGAGCAUGUGGUCUGAUUUCGAGGUCGAAAGCGCGGUUCUUUUGAAGGACUACAUGGAUCCAGGAGUUGACGCGGACUCUAAUAUUGAUACGGACGAGGCAUCAAACCAGAGAUGCAAGGAUCUGAAAUCGGAGAAGCAGAGACUGGGAUGUUGGUAUACGCUGGCGCUCGCAGAACAUGCGUCGUUUUUGGAAAUGCACCCAUCGAGAUCAACUGGAUCUAUUGUCUACGGCGACCAGGAGCGUGCUCAAAAAUUGCAAGCAGCUGAGAUCGCAUACUCCAAGUUCCUCUCGGACGCAACAUCGAUGCUGUCAACCGCCUUGAGCAAGUACGACAUGUCGCUCCUGACGAAUGGCUCUCUCUUCAUGGCAUUCGCAGUGGCCGGGAUGGUUUUCGCUGCCUUGCAAACAAAGCUUGUCGACGACUUUAAGCUAUCCUGCCGCGAGCCCCGUCACGUCGCGCCUGCAUUUUUGUCAGCACCAUACCGACAGCCGUCCAAGAAAAGGUCAUCCAUGACUACCCUGAUUUCAGCGGCAUUCUCGACCAAUCUCACCGCCGACAGGACUGAGACCAGGAGCAAGACGACAAAGCGCGACAAGAAUGAGAUCAACUGGAUGAUGGCCCGUGCUCUCUCGGCGGUGACUCUGGUUCUCUACCUGAUCACUCUGUUUGCGUCCAGUUUCGUGGAGGAGGAGCAUCAAUUUUGGUACUUUUUCAACAUGACCUGGUGGGCGGUUCUUGGACUCAUCAGUGCGCGAUAUCUUCCUUCAGGAGCGAGCUCAGGUCAGCUUGCAUCCUUUGCAGGUGCUGGGUACUGCUUCCUGCAGAUGGCUGUCCUCAGGCUGCUUCGGAGCUGGAACCAGACCGGCCAAAAGUAUGCAGAUCAAAUCGACCUUCGCCACUAUUUGAACUCGACAUGGGUCGCGUUUUCAUGGAUCACAUUUGCGUUGACAAUCAUUGGACUCGGCGUUUCCGUGAUCUUUGUCGUCUUUUCCCAACGACCAGCGCACUCUACCACCCAGUCCUCAUCGCAAUACGCCACUCCAGCCUGGAAGGCAGCACUGAUGUCGGUCCUCCAGUCUCUCAUAACCGUCAUCACCACGUUGACGCUGCUCUGGAUCACCGUGUACAAGAUGGAUCUGGAGGCGGUUCAUUUCGGUAGCGAGCUCAUGGCCAAGGUCCACGGCGUCAUGAGCACCAUUUCCUCGACCGGAUACUUGAUUGUCCCUAGCAGUGGAGAGGCGUUGGGGGCGCAGGAACUUGUUUAUUCUGGAUACGCCAUGGCGCGAGGAUGCUAUGCAGGAAUGGGCGCCAUACUUCUCUUGGCGUUAAUCCUGCGUCUUGUUGCACUUCCCACUCGGCCCUCUUCAUCGGAAGAGUCUCAAAUGACGACCGGACAAACCGACAAGUCAUUAGCAUCAAAGAUCGUUGAGGACAGGGACAGGACGUUGUUUGUGCCAUGGAUGACGCUCGGAGUUGUGACGAUGCUGAUGAUUCUGCUGUCCAGGCGGCACAAUGCUAUGAUUUAUGCCUUCUUUGGUAUUCAGCUCUACGCUUACUUGAGUUGGACCUCUGUGGUGCGUCAACGACCGUGCUCGAGUGACAAUCAGGAGAUCAAGGAAGACGCUUCCGAACUCGAUUACAUGGUGGAAGAAGUGUCCGAUGACGCUUCAGGAGGCGAAUCUACCAACGGUCGUCAACAGCCGCUAAAGACGAGAGGCCAGAUCGCUCGCUCGUUCAGGACAGUUCCUGGACUGAGCUCGAUCCACAGCUGUUCGAUUCUCCUCUGGACCCUGUCAUCCUUCUUUCUUCUCGGCAACUCCAACUCGAUCGCGUCCAUCGAUAUCUCCAAUGCGUACGUCGGCAUUCAGGCAUACGACAUUCUCCUGACCGGUGUGUUGACCUUUGUCUCAAACUGGGCUGGCCCCCUCUGGUGGACGAUAGCCGCGCUGGUGCUGAUGCGUUGGGACCUGGAGUGGGAAUUUGCAUGGGCCAAGGAAGAUCGGGAGUUAGCGUUGCAGGAAAAGGAUAUGCGCGGUUGGAAGACUGUUCAAGGCUGGAGGAGGAGUGAGAAGGGCACCUUGAACAAACGAACGAUGAGGAGGAUCUGGAAGUACAAGAAGGCUACAGGAGCUGCAGUCAACAAGGAUGCAGUGGUGGAACCCAUAAAAGAGGUAGAAGCAGAGGUAGCUGCCCAUGGAGCAGAUCGGCCGGAAAAGGCGCAGGCGUCAUUGGAUUCGGGUGUCGUAGAUGUACAACACAUCGGUAACCAAGUCCAGGAUGUGUUGCCGCAGGAGGAAGGGGAAGAGGAGGAUGGUUCAUUCUUUAUUGAGGAAGAACAGAGUCUCGAACGCAGCCAGGACGGAGCUUCAGCAGAGGCUAGAGAACGCGAGGCAAUCCGGGGACCAUGUGUUCUCCAGAACCCAGUUUUAUUCAAGCAGAGGCUGGCUCACACACGAAUGGUCGAGCAUGUGAUCGUGACGAGCGUGUUCUUUGGCAUCGCCCUCUAUGCCCUUUCUAUUGCCGCGAUCAUUCUCCGCCACCAUCUUUUUAUUUGGACAGUCUUUUCGCCAAAGGUCCUCUACCAGUUCGCUUGGACGGCUCUUUUCCAGGCCCUCGUCCAGGUUGUGGUGGUUGGCGGUGGGAUCUGGUCCGUGAUUGUUAUGAGUUCUUAA